AGCAUCUACAAUAGAUAAUCUACCGUUGCAGAAAAGCACAAACAAGACGUGGCCUAUUGAAUCAAAUCAAAUAACAGAGAGUCAGACACAGACUUGACAGGAAUGGCAAGAGCGGUCACGAUGAUGAUGAGAUUAAGAUCAACGGCCAUGAAAGCUCUAGACCAUCCAUCUUCCGUCUUCUUCUCGAAUUCAAGGAUAGCCCACAAUCGUCAGCUCCAAACCCAAAUGGUUCGAGCAUUCUCAGCUCUCAUGUCACCGCCUUCUAAGGCCAUAGUAUAUGACCAGCACGGUGCCCCUGACUCAGUAACCAGAGUAGUAGAGAUGCCUCCAGUUGAAGUUAAAGAGAAUGAUGUUUGUGUUAAAAUGCUGGCUGCCCCUAUUAACCCUUCUGAUAUUAAUCGAAUUGAAGGAGUGUAUCCUGUAAAGCCUUCAGUGCCUGCAGUUGGAGGAUAUGAAGGUGUAGGAGAGGUGCAUUCUGUUGGCUCUGGAGUUACUGAUCUUUCGCCCGGUGACUGGGUCAUUCCAUCUCCACCUACUUUCGGAACAUGGCAAACUUACAUCGUACAAGAUCAGAGCAUCUGGCACAAAAUCAACAAAAAUACGCCCAUGGAAUAUGCUGCGACUAUUACUGUCAAUCCUUUGACUGCUUUAAGAAUGCUGGAAGACUUCACAACUCUUAGUUCAGGAGAUUCCAUUGUGCAAAAUGGGGCUACAAGUAUUGUGGGGCAGUGCAUUAUCCAGAUUGCAAAAUUCCGCGGCAUUCAUAGCAUUAACCUGUUAAGGGACAGGCCCGGGUCGGAUGAAGCAAAGGAAUUCUUAAAGAAACUAGGUGCAGAUGAAGUGUUUACUGAGAGUCAAUUGGCAGUGAAGAAUGUCAAGGCCCUUCUGACUAAUAUAUCAGAACCAACUUUGGGAUUCAACUGUGUCGGCGGUAAUUCUGCUUCUUUGGUUCUCAAAUUCUUGAGGCAGGGAGGAACAAUGGUAACUUACGAUGGGAUGUCUAAGAAACCGGUAACAGUAUCAACAUCAUCCUUCAUUUUUAAGGAUCUUUCGUUGAGGGGAUUCUGGUUGCAAAAAUGGAUGACUUCAGAUAAAGCAAAAGAGUGUAGAGAUAUGAUAGAUUAUCUUCUGUGCUUAGCUCGAGAAGGGAAGUUGAAAUACGAAAUGGAGGUGGUUCCUUUUGAUGAUUUUCACACAGCAUUGGAUAAGGCACUUGGAAAGCAAGGGAGCCAACCUAAACAAGUCUUGAAAUUCUAAAUCUCGGAAUUCAUUAGGUACUAAUAAAAAUCCACUAUACAGAUCUUUUUUCGCCACCUUACGAAUUCUGUAAUUAUUUAGGUGCAAAAUCCUUUGUGCAGUGAGUUGAGAAGGCAGGUCCCAAAAUUGUACCUUGUAGAAAACGUAUGCAUAAUUUUCCCUUUGAUGAAA